GUAGUUGUGUUUUAGUAAAGUUUUUGUGAAGGCUACUGAAACAAAACAGCAGAGAGAGCCCAAAAUGUUGUAGAAAAAUAAUAUAAAUGGAUUGUUUUUAAUAAUAGACAUAUUUUUAUACGAAAUUGAAGCAACUAAAUGUGGUAUAAAUGUGUAAACAAUGUUUUGUAACCAAAAUGAAGAUGCACCGAAGUCAUUGGAUAAUAAGGGCUUUUUCGUUCAAAAUGUUAAAAGAGCCAUUUAUUACCAAAAAAGGACUAUUUCAAGGCAGCACCUUAUUAAAACCCACUAUGAUGCCUACAAUUUGGCAGGUUCCAGAGGCAUCGCUAUAUCAGUGCAAAGAUACCCAAAAAGUAUUAGCAAGCCCCCAUUAUUUAAGCAAGCCUUUGAGACAUAAGCAAGUCAUUUAUUCAUGAAAUUUGAGUUUAUUUUUUAUAAAUAGUUUUAAAACUAUAAUAACCUAGUACUUUGUACCCAAGCAUAUAGAUUAACAUUUUAAAAAAUGUAGAGAUAUUAUUAACAUUUAUAAGAGAGAAUGUCAAUGAAGAUCUAAGAACAAACCAAGAAAAGACAACAAAAAGAAGAAAGAAGAACCAAGCUGAUUUAAAGACAUAUCAAGAAGAAUUGCAUGAAUAAUUCAUUAUUGUUUAUUUCAAUAUCAAUGAUAUCAUUAUUUUCAUUCAUAAAGUAGUCAAGUUACAUAUUAAAAUAUUUAAUAUAUAAUAUAAGAAAAAGAAGCACGGAAGAAGUACAAAGAAGAAAGAAGAUUCCGAAUUAAAUUAAUGAAGCAGUCUUCAAAUAUUAUUUAAAUUUUGCAGAUUUAUCAAAGAAACUCCAAAGAUACAUCAAGUUACAAGAAAGUUUGUCGAAGACAUUCGCAAUAGAAUUAUUUUUGUUCAUGAAUACAACUGUCAAGUAGCACAGAACAUCCCGUCGGGUAAAUACCCGAAAACCUUGGCCCUGAUCCAGCUGCUGGUGAGGUACGUGGAACUCGAACAGGAAGUGGUGUCGAAAAGAAGCGCGCACAAUGUGCUGUACAAGGAGAUCGUGCAACGCCGCGUCGUUCGAUUGUUGCGGCAAAUUUUCUGCGAGAUCAUCGCCGUCAAUUUGCCGCACAUCGAAGCUGACCGGAGGAGCAAAGUCGGCGCGGCCAGCGUCGUCAAGUUGCUCACCCUGGUCAGGCCCGAGCUGAGAAAGUCAGACUCGAUCGUCGAUGGAAUUGCGACGGAUCUUCUGACUCUGUUGGGUUACGCGUCCUUUAUCGACGAGAUUCGCGGCAAGCACUUGCCGUUCUCCCGCGACGACAUCCUCAAGCCGUACGAACACCUGAAGGUCUUGACGGAGACGAGCGAUUACGAAUCGGAGGAUUCCGACAGCGACGACGACGACCUGACCUGUUUGAAGCGGGAAAAAGAAGACGGUUCCUCCACUUCCGACGCCGAUUAUCAAAGCCAAAGCGAAGAAAGCGAGACCCCUUUCGCUCCAAACGACAAUCAAAAUGUUACUCGACACGAAGCACCCGCAGAAGACGAGGAGGAAGAGGAGUGUCUUCUGAAGUUGGAACCUCUGCCCAGUCGGGGGGAAAGCGAACCCCCGAGGCUCAAAAACGGGAGCAGAGCUCGGGAAGUGCCGGUCAUCGAGCUCUUGGACGACGAAGACAACCCGUACAUGGUGUACAAGCACUACGAGGUCCCGACCAACACCAAGGUCAGGUCGAGGCCUUCGGUGAAGGUGAAGAAAGAAAAGGUCAUCGUUUUAAGCGACGACGAUGAAGAUGAAGUGUUAGUGCCGGAGGAUGCAAGUGACCAAGUGAUAAAAACCGAAGAAUUAGUUAAUAGUGUCGAUGCUCAAUCACCAUCUGCCUUAAAUUGCGACUACAUUUCGAUUUUGUCGGAUUCCGACGACGAAGAGGACCUAAAACUUCCUUCCAUAGAAGACUCUUCGUCGGAAGAUAAAGAUAACUUUAACGUCGAUAUUAAAAGUGAAUCGCCGCAUUCUCAAGAUGUUAGUGCUGUUAUAGACUUUGACGAUUUUCGUGUCAUUGAAGAUGAAACCGAAAGCAAUACAAAUACUUCCUUAGCGGAAACACAACUGUGUCAAGCAAGUGCAAGUGCAACUUGUUUGGCAAAAAAUAGCGAAACAGAGACAACGUCAAGUCCAGUGGAAGAGUCUGAUAGUGACGAUUCGGAAAUAAUAUCCACCAGAAGAAAAAAAACCGACAGCAAAUAUAACGAGAAAGUGGAAGAAAUCAUCAACGAAUGGAGCGACACUUCCGACGACGACGUAUCGGACGAUUCUUCCAAAAAUAUUGCCAAGAUACAAAGAGUUUUUCACGUAGACACCUCAAGCCCGGUAAAAUCGGUUAAAGAAGCCGAAAAGCCUGAAGCAAGAGUCAGCAGAAUGACAGAACACGAUUUAAUUUUGUUCAAUACCUAUUUGGAGGAGAGCAGGAUUAAUCGAAAGGAAACUGUAGAAACAGAAACCAACGAUACUGCUGAAAGUUUAAUUGAAGAAACAAGUUUGGAGGUCCAUCAAAAUCAUGAGUGUAGAAAUGAAGAUAUCACAUCAGUAGACGAACAAGUACAAGACGAUUUAACAACAGUAGAUCAGCUUGUUGAACCUGAGCCUCAGGUACAAGAAGAUGACUCUAGUAUCAACGAAAACAGUGAAGAAAGUAUCGAAAUUAUUGAGAAAAAAGUACCUACUGUAAUAGAGGAUAUCAUAGUAGACGAGUCCUAUAUUAUAGAUGAAACAGAACAAGGCGAUUUAACAAAAGUGGAUCAACAUGUUGAAGCUGAGCCUCAGGUACAACAACUUGUUGAAUCUGAGCCUCAGGUACAACAACUUGUUGAGUCUGAACUUCAGGUACAAGAAGACGACUUCAGUAUCAAUGAAAACAGCGAGGAAAGUAACAAAAUUAGGCUCAUAGAAGAACCUACUAUAAUAGAGGAUAUCACAUCAGUAGAUGAGUCUAGUAUUGCAGAUGAAUCAAAGCAAGACGAUUUAACAACAGUAGAUCAACUUGUUGAAUCUGAGUAUCAGAUUGGGGAAACUAAUGCCAGAAUCACAGAAAAAGAACCUACUGAAAUAAAGGAUAUCACACCAGUAGAGGAGUCUAAUAUUACAGCUGAAACAGAACAAGACGAUUUAACAACAGAGGAUCAACUUGUUGAAUCUGAGCCUCAUGUUCAAGAAGACGACUCCAGUAUCAAUGAAAACAGUAACGAAAGUUACAAAAUUAUUGAUGAAACUAAUGCCAGGCUCAUAGAAGAAGAACCUACUGAAAUAAAGGAUAUCACACCAGUAGAGGAAUCUAAUAUUACAGCUGAAACAGAACAAGACGAUUUAACGACAGUAGAACAACUUGUUGAAGCUGAGCCUCGGGUACAACAACUUGUUGAAUCUGAGCCUCAGGUUCAAAAAGACGACUCCAGUGUCAAUGAAAACAGCGAGGAAAGUUACAAAAUUAUUGAGGAAACUAAUGCCAGAACCACAGAAAAAGAACCUAACGAAAUAAAGGAUAUCGCACCAGUAGAGGAAUCUAAUAUUACAGCUGAAACAGAACAAGACGAUUUAACGACAGUAGAACAACUUGUUGAAGCUGAGCCUCAGGUACAACAACUUGUUGAACCUGAGCCUCAGGUACAAGAAGAUGACUCCAGUAUCAAUAAAAACAGUAACGAAAGUUACAAAAUUAUUGAGGAAACUAAUGCCAGAAUCACAGAAAAAGAACCUACUGUAAUAGAGUAUAACACACCAGUAGAGGAAUCUAAUAUUACAGCUGAAACUGAACAAGACGAUAUAACGACAGUAGAUCAACUUGUUGAAGCUGAGCCUCAGGUACAACAACUUGUUGAAUCUGAGCCUAAGGUUCAAGAAGACGACUCCAGUAUCGAUGAAAACAGUGAAGAAAGUGAAACUGUCGAGACGUUAAACGAAGAACUGGGCAUGGAAAUAGAACCUUGUAAUAAAGAGGUUCUUGAAGAAACACUUGAAAGUGAGAUGGAAGUUAAUACUUCCUCCUCAAACAUUCUAGGGGAAGUCUUGCAAAAGGAAAUUUGUGAUCAAGAAGAACUCAUCAUUGAAGAACAAAUUGGUCAAGAGGAAGAGCUAAAUGACAGCAAUCUUGUAAUUGAAGAACCUGUUUACGAUGUGGUUCAUGAUGCGCCCAUCAUAGAAAAUGUCGUUCAUGAGGAUAUACUUGAAAGUGAUAGAGAUUCGCCGGUUGAAUCAGUUCCACAAGAUUUUGAUGAUGUGGAUGAAUCACAGGAAGAAAACAGAAAUGUGGCCUUGGUGCCGUACAUAGAAAACGAGAAAAGUUUCCUGCAAAUACAGUUCGAGGAACAUAUAAAAAAGAAUCAGGAAAGUAACUACUUGAAUCUUCUGGCGGAAACCGCCAAUACAAAGGAAAAAAUCGACACGGAAGUAAUCAAUGUUCCCAACAAAAUAGAGUCGAAUUAUUCCACUUUGGAACCGCCACCUUCCAACAAAAUUUACGCCCAAACCAUGUUGGAAACUACGCACUCUAGCGAAGAUAGCAACGAUAGCGAAGACAACCUUCUCAUUGACGCCAAAAUCGAAAAGGUGUCGGUUUACGACGAAAAAACCGUGGAUGAUGUAAUCCACUUUGUCAAUGAUGAAAAAGAAGUUCCCGCUGUUUUAAUUAGCAUCCCAGAGUCCGAAGGCCAUUUGGACAAAGACCAUCUUGAAAUUCUGCAGCAAGUGGAAAGUCUGGAACAAUCGGAAAUCAACUUUGCUAACGUCUUGAGUCCCGCUAAAAUAAUUCCUGAAGAAGAACCUUUAAACCUUAGCCUGACAGCUCAUGUUAAAGAAGCAGAAAACAAAGACGACGGGGAUUCCCAUUCGUCCACCGAUGACAUACCACUGUCGACGGUUAAAGACAUAAUAACGAACAAACAAAAACCACAAGGAAUCGAAAAUCUCGAGGAUGUGCCCAGAGCGCCGAAAUUCAAGACAAAAGCAGCCCUUAAGUUAUACGAAAAGUUGUCUCUUUACGUACGAUUGGAGAAAAUGCAGGGCACCAAGAAAAAAUCCGCGAGAUCCAAGAGCUGCGAGAUCGAAACAAAACCGAGCUCCAAUUUAGAUAGGCGGCAUUCGGUUAAUGUUGUCGAAGAGGUUUUAGACGGAUCUGAAAUCAAGGUUGAAAAGAAAAGAUUGGGAAUGAACGUCGUUGUCAGAUCUGGAACGAAAAAAAGUAAAGGUUACAAGAAAAAUAAGGGACCAGUUACCCUUAAAACAAAAAAAUAUAAUGGAGUUGAUGAGGUUUCAGAAAAAGUUGACAAUCUUACUUUAAAUGAUUUAAAAGAUAAUAAUAUUACUGAAAGGAAAAGAAUCCCAAAAAGAAAACCCAAGGCGAACUUAAAAGAAAUAAUUACUGAACCAACAGAAAAUACAUUACAAGUCAAUCAAAAAUUAGAAACCAUACAGGAAAAUCCUUCUAUUGAAGAAGCUCAGAAUCAUGAAGAAAUCAAUAAACAUAGAGAUAAGUCCGAGCAACCUUCUCCGAGAAGAACUCGAAGUAAAAGCAGAACUAUAGCCGAAAAUCAGUGUAAAAGUGUUUUAAAUCACAUAGUGGAUAAACUGAAGAAAAAACUGGAAUCAGAUUUGUGUCAUGUGGUAACAAACCCCAUCGAGACUGAUACAGAACAACCAACUAAAAUUUCCAAACAAGUCAAUGAAGUUCUUCCGAAAGAAGAUGAAACUAUGGAAGAAGAAACUUAUUUACCGGAAGUGGCCUACCACGAUGUCAUCGAAGAUGUUGUGCCGGAAACGACGGCACCAAUUUCCGUGUUACCAGCCGAUGAUAAAGAAACUGAUUACGACAGUAAUUUAAGCGAAUCCUCUAAUUUGGGAAUUACAAUCAGUAAACAACUCGAUUUAUUGUCCAGAAAAGUUGAAGAAAAAGAAAUCAAAGAAGAAACUGAUAAAUCUGAAGAAACUGUUAAUGAAAAUAAAAGACGCAGGUCACAAUCAAGAAAAAAGAACAAAAGUUCGGAUAGAUUCAAACCUAAAAGAUAUAGCGAGAGUAAAUCAACCGAUGACGAAAAAGUUGUUAUAAAAGCGGAAGUGGAACCAGUUGUUGAAAAUACCAACAAUAAAACAUCCAAAUCUAAAGCAAAAAAAGAAGUUGUUUUCAAACCUAUAAUAGUCGAUGAAUUUUCCAAAGCUCUUAUUCAAAAUGACGACUUGAUCAUCUCCAAAAAAACGAACAACAAAACCAAAACUGUCAAUAAAUCCGAAAACAAUAACAAAAUUGGCAAAAGAUCCGCCAAAGGCAAAGAAAGAAUCAAACUUCAAACUGAUUAUAAUAAAGGAAACAAAAUACCAACAUCAAAACUUAAAAUCCCAAAACCCGAAGAAAAAAAAGAUGAGAUAAUCGCAGAAAAUGCAGUAGACAAACCCAAAGUAAUUUCAGUUAAACCGAACGUGGUCUACCAUUCUAAAAAGCACAUAAUAAUGAGGAAUUUGGAACAAGAGUUGUUAAAAGAAUUGGAGCAAAAGGAAUGCACUAAAAAUUUUGAGGAACUGUCCAAAGAACCUGUUGUAUCGUUUGUUGAGAAUACACUCAAAGAGGAAUUAAAAGUUACAAGCUGUAUGAAGAUAUCGAAGGAAAAAUCUGUUGUCACCAAUAAUGAAGAAUUCUCAAAAGAAGAACAAAUUUUGACCUCCGAAAUUAACGAUGAAACACCAAUGGAAACCGCAGAGCUUCAAGAAGAACAACCAGUUAUAACUAGCAAUGUUGAAGCUGAAAAUAAAAUGGAAACAAUACAACAAGUAGAAGAACAAGUUUUGACUGACAAAAUAAUUGAUGUUGAAUCAGUGAAAAUUGCUAAAGAGGGACUUGAUUUAACUAAUACAGUUAACAUAGGAAAAACUUUGGUAACGGAAGAACUACCCAAAGAGAAUGUUUCCAGCUAUGAGGAAGAAAUAGUUGUUUCUAAUAACGAAGAAUUGUCAAAAGAGGAGCCAAUUUUGACCACCAAAGUCGAUGAUGAAAAGCCAAUGGAAAUAAAAGAGUUAAAAAAAGAAGACGUUUUCACAAAGCUUAUAGAAAGGAGAAAAGAAGAACCAGAAUCAAACAUAAUAAAUAUGGCAUCACCUUUGGAAAUAACAGAACUCCCAUUGAAUCUAUCAGUUUUACCCAUCAUCCUCAACGAAAUUCCUAAAGAAACAGAAAGAAUUUCAAAAGAAAAAACCGGCUUCAUCAGUACAAUCAUUGAAGAGAAAAAAAUAACGGAACUUUCAAGAGAAGAACCAGUUUUAACCAACAAAACUAAUAAUACAAUUCCUUUUAAAACCGCCGAGGUUUUGAACAAGGAACUUCCCACAAUAGAGCCAGUUUUGACCCACAAAAUUGAUGAUGUAGAGGUUUCGAAAGAAGAAACAGUCUUAAACAGUAUUUUGACAAAAAAGCCAAUGGACCUUCCAGUGGAAAACUCUGUUUUAGCUAGCAAGAAUAGUGAAAAGAUGCAUGUAGGAAAACCAAAAGUUUUACUGAAGAAAAAUGUCAAUUUCAGGAUGUUAAAAAAGAAGCUUAACGCUAAAAUUUUAAAUUUAAAGACCCAUCCCAAAGAAAAUAACAGAAAAAUAACAGAAAAGAAACAAUUAAAUCAUAUAAAUUCAAUAAAUGUUGAAAAAAGAAUAUCUGAACCUCUUGUAUUAAAUAAGAUAUUAAAUUUGCCUCGUGAAAUUAAAGAGAAUAUAUUUGGUAAAAAAGGAUUAAAUAUUACUUCCAACAACCAACCCAAUAACGUAAUGAUUGGAAACAAUAAAAAUGUUAAAACUAAACUACUGGAUAAAAACGAAGAAAGAGAAUCUAAAGUUGCAAAGGAAAUUUCUGAAGCAACGCGUGAAUUGGAAAAAAUGGAAUUAUUUGAAGAUCCAAUAGAGGACGAGACCUGCAUAGAUAACACUAAUGUAAUGGAAAUGGAAAUUGACGACGAUAUAAACGAAACUAUACAUGAAAAAGAAACCAUCGAAGUACCAGAAUUAUUAAAAUUAAAUGAUAAAGAAGAACUGGAUACUAAACCUAAUGGAAACAUAACUUUUGAUAAAAAUGAAAAAGCUAAAGAUGAAGAUGUAGAUGUAAUUACAGAUGAACCAAAAGAGAAAGAAUUUAAAACAGAAUUGUUACCGAAUGGAUGUAAACGUCCGACCAUAAUUUUGGUGAAUAAGGAGGACAUCGGCGAAACGUACAUGCUUUGUGUGGAAUAUGAAGAGGGCAAUAAUCCCCCAACUUUGGACUUUUUUAAAGAAACCAACAAAGAAACUGUUGUAAACAAAAGGCAGCUGGAAAAAAAUAAUCGCGAAGAUACUUCAAAAAAUAAUGUUACAGUUGAACCGACACAAACUGAAGACGUUGUAUUAAAAACUACUGAAGAAAUUGAAGAUAAAAGCAUAGAGUGCAAUCAUGUUAAAGAACCUAUUUCUGAGGAAAUGAAACAACCAAGUGAAAUUGAUUUAACUAAUAGUACCAACAUAGAAAGUGUAGUUCCACAAGAAAUAUUGGAGGAGUCAAUUGAACCACCAGUAUCUAACGAUUUAACUGAUGACAACAUAGAAAAUACAGUGCCAGAGAAAAUUAUGAAGUCGAAUCAACACGUUGAAAACCCUACGCCAGUGAUUGAAGAAGAGGUUCAAGUACCCCCUAAAGAUAACAGUGAUACUUCUAGUAUAGAAAAUAUACCAGCAGAAGCAAACGUGACACCCGCAGAACCUGAACUUAACCAAUCGUUUUUGUUAUUGGACGUCUCUCUGGAUGAAAAUGAUCAAGAAAUUGUUAUUAAAGAAGAACUACCUUCUGAAGAUAUCAGUUUUGCUUCUAAUAUAGCAGAAGAACAAACAAUGAUUUUGCAUGAUGAACCUUCUGAAGAAAUCGUAACACCCACAGAACCUGAACUAAACCAAUCGUUUUCGUUGUUGGACGUCACUCUUGAUGAAAAUGAUCAAAAAAUUGUCGCCGAAAUAGCAAAAACAAAUGACAUCGAAAUUGCUCACGAAGAUGAAACUGAUGAUGAUACUAAUUCGAUCAGCUCUUUCAGUUGGGAGCCUGAAACAAAUAAAAUUCCUAUUCCAAUCAAAAUGGAAAUGAUAGAAAACACCUCAAUGCUAAAGGAAGACGUAGAGAGUAGCUUGCAAAUAUUGGAAUUAAUGAACGAAAAUCUCAAUGGACAAACUGGCAACGUGUCCUUGGACAAAGCAUUCGAGGAAGUUCCUCUCAUCGAUGUGCAACCUUUGAAGCCCACUGAAGAAUUGACGACCACUGACACCGUUGUAAUUGAAGAUGAUAGUGGGGAAGAUAACACCACACCAAUCAAAACACCUAUUGAGCAAUAUCUUUCGGAAAGUUUCCCAGGAUACAUAGAAACCACGAACGACGGAGUGGAAAAUACCGUCGAUUUUAACAUUCUCAAAUUGCAACCAGAGCAGACUUCAACAGUUAAUAUACCGACAUUUUUUAGUUCGUCGAAAUCGAUGUUGUUGAAUACCCUUGUAACAUCGCAAGCCAACAUUAAAGAUCAUUGCGUCUCGCCCAGAGAGGUUCAGAUUAAGACCGGCGAAGAAAUGGAUAAAAACUUGAUGUACGAAUACAACCAACAUUCGAACGAUGGAAAUGCUCUGACGGAAACCUUAGGGAUUUCGCCAAGUAAAAUUAUUCCGUCCUUGCAAUGCAUGCCGACUGAAUCGCAACCAUCUACGAGCACUGCCGAGCCCAGCAAUUUCGAAAUUACGUCUACGAAUAAAGAGGACGAUUUUUCCAGGGGUUACGAAAUCAUAGGCGAAAAACCAACUGGAGAUCACACCUACACUUCCACUGGCGAUCCUUUGCUGGCCUUGCCCUACGAAAAGAAGCGCUUGAGUCUCGGCGACGCUCCGGAGAAUGACGACAACCAAUGGGGUUCGGACAUGUCGAAAAUCAGUGAUAACAACUUUGAGGAAGACCUCGAUCUUACUUUGGAAAUGGACGAUGUCGUUAACAAAAUCAUCGAAAUCGGCAACAGAUCCACCCAAAAUUCCUACCAAAGUUUGCAGUUUAUUCCCGAAAUGGAAGACUUUAUGGAAAGCAAUGACUCCAGUAAAGAUUCUUUGACCAUUGCGAACGAUAUCAACCCGAAGUCGGCCAAAUGGUCGGAACUCAUGGCGAACAAUCAAGAGCAAAGCAGUAAGGUUUUGGUUCUGCCGGCAGAGCCUCUAACCACUCCAACUUACCACAUGAAUCAGAACGAACUCAUCAAGUCCUUCGCGUUCGGGGAACACUCGGUGAUACCCCGUUCACCUUCCCCUGAAAAGGCCAAACCCAACCUUUAUAACAUAUUGAAUGACCUUAAAAAUUACAGUUGCAAGGAACAAACACCCCAACAACCAAGAAAACUAAAAGAAGCAAAACAGGAUGCACAUCCAUCCCUCGUCGAGCUUUUGGCUAGAAAACAUAACCGCACGCACCUUAAAGCUCCUCCAAAACAAGACAAGGCUCCCAAAUCUAAAGAUCCCUCACCUCAAAGUUCUACAAAUAGAAUAGAACGUGAAGAUGUAUCCAUAAAUUCAACUGACAAAAACAUGGAAAAUGUAGUGCCAGAGAAAAUUAUGGAAGAGUCGAGUGAACCCGUUGAAACCUCUUCGCCAGUGAUUGAAGAAGAGGUACAAGAAGUACCCUCUAAAGAUAACAGUCUUACUUCUAGUAUAGAAAAUCCUUAUGAAAUUAUACCACCAGAAGCAAACGUGACACCCGCAGAACCUGAACUUAACCAAUCGUUUUUGUUAUUGGACGUACCUCUAGAUGAAAAUGAUCAAGAAAUUGUCGACGAAAUGGCAAAAACAAAUGAAAUCGAAAUAGCUCACGAAGAUGAUAAUACUUAUUCGAACUGCCCUUUCAGUUUGGAGCCCGAAGCAAAUACAAUUCCUACUGCAACCGCUGACGCCAAAAAGCAAACAAUAGAAAACACCUCAAUAGACAAAACUCCCUCCCCUCAACCUCAACUCAUCCCUACCGGUUUAAUUCGGCCCAGAACGGAUUUGUUACAAAAAAAACCGGCACCGAACACAGCAAGCGUUAAAAAUACUGAAGAAAAGAAAGAAAGAACAUCAUCUAACUACUUGAUCGAAAAUAUACUUAAGGUCGACGCCGGUAAAAAAGUUGAAGACUUGAAAAAACAAAAACCCGCUGUGGAAUCUAAGAAGGCUCCCGCUGCCAAAAUCUCGGCGGGCCAGAAAAACAAACCCAAAGAUACGGACGCCAUUUUCGAUAGGCUGAAGCAGAAAGACUACAGAGUCAAGCCGAACAAUGUUAAAGGGACUGAGAAUGGUAAAAGGGAGGAGAAAAAGGUUUACGAUAAACCAAAGGAAUCGAGUAGGAUCCACAACCCUUCGAUUAAGAAGAAUGUGCAGCAAGAGAAGAGUAGACAAUCGGAGGAAGACUUAAACGCAGUUUUUGAUCGUUUAAAAUCGGAGGGCAGUCCUAAGCCAAGGCAAGAGAAACCCGAUAAAAGACGAUUUAGCGAGUCGGAAGAUUACAAAAAUUAUAUGAAGAGGAAAAAGAUUGAAUUGGAGAAGUACGAAAGGAAUAAUAAGAGAAAAGCCGACAUGGAGGAAGAUAGAUUCAACCAGAAGAAGGGGAGGUAUAGUUACCCGCAAAGGGAGUACGAAAGGGGUAAGGAACCCCCCCACCACAGCAAAUCGCGAAGCUCUGCAGAGUUCAAACAUCCAAGAGAUGAGCAUUCAUCUAGAAACCAAAGAAGUGAGACAAGGGACGGUCGCAGAUUUGAAGGAGGAAGAAAUUUUCCACCAAAGGACGCGAGAACAGACAAGAAUAAAUACCGAGAACCGGUUGGAGGCAGCCGCAGUCGUGCCUUCGGUUAUCCAACUCCGGAACCGCCGUCGAAAAACAUAACGUCUCAUUCGAAAACCGAUACCGGUUACAGGUCUUCGUAUCACCCGGCUCCCGGGCAAAGGCAUUCAUAUCCAGAGAAACCGGAGCAUGAUGGAACGUCUCAUUCGAAAACGGAUACCGGUUACAGGUCUUCGUAUCACCCGGCUCCCGGGCAAAGGCAUUCAUAUCCAGAGAAACCGGAGCAUGAUGGGAGAGCGCCGACUGCCAACAGAGUGCCCGAUUUUAACUGGAUACAGGAAAUGAAUCAGAAGAUCAAUCCGAACUUGCUGGGUCAACAAAAUCUAUUCGAUACGCCGCCAUAUGUUAGAAAUGAUGACUGAUGUUUUCUGCUAAAUUAUAUUAUUAGUUAAUUGUAAAAUAUUCAAUAAGUUUGUACAUAGUUUUUAGCUUUGUAGUUUUAUUCAUUACGUUCUUGUAAAUGUACUAUGCUUUAAUUUUAAUUAAUUUAUUUUAAUAAUUUUUUAAUGUAACCUGUACAUUCGUUAAUAAAAUGAUUUUUGAGGAUAAA